UUCAGUUUCGGCGCAAGCAAACAGCAGGCAACCAGACCUCGCACUCAACAGUCUUCUUUAGGCAGACAAACGUGCGAGACGUCUUAACAUUCUUCAUGUUCCGUCGCUCAUCAGUACGCGGCUUUUUACUUCCAUAUACUUUCCAUUGAUCACGGUACAUACACACCUGCCAACUGGCAAGAGUCAAACGCGUUUUUAAAGCUCACUAACUGUCAUACAGCAAUUCAAUUGACUUACGGCUGCUCUCAAAUAAACAACAGAUCAUCAAAAAAAAAAUCAGUCGACUAUUUCGCCGUCAUUAUUUACACUAUUAUUACUGUUAUUUAUUGCGGUUAAACAUUCUUGAUAUUGCCGAAGCAAUUUUUUGUUGCUCAGCUUGGGAAAGUGUCUGAAUUAUAAACAGGGCAUUUAAAUAAAAAAAAUCUACACCCUCAGAACGCAGAAAACAUGAGCUCACACUGGGGUUACACCGCUGAAAAUGGACCUGCUCACUGGGCAAAACAAUUCCCGCAAGCUUCGGGGCACAGGCAGUCGCCUGUUAAUAUUACCCCAUCGUCAGCCAAAAAGGGAAGCCAACUGAAUGCACCGGCUCUCAAGUGGAAGUAUGUUCCAGAACAUACACUCAGUCUUACAAAUCCAGGUUACUGCUGGAAAGUAGAAGUCAAAGGGGUGGAUUCCGAAUUGACUGGCGGCCCACUGGGUACGGAUCUCUACAAAUUGGAGCAAUUUCACAGCCAUUGGGGAUGCACAGACGACAAAGGCUCAGAGCACACUGUUGACGGUGUCUCAUACGCUGGCGAAUUGCAUCUCGUUCACUGGAAUACUACCAAGUACAAGACGUUCGGUGAGGCAGCCUCUGCGCCAGACGGCUUAGCUGUGUUGGGAGUUUUCCUUAAGGCCAGCGACAAUUCCCAUCCGGAAUUGGAGAAAAUUACUAGUCUUUUGCCUUUCGUUUUGCACAAAGGUGAUCGCGUCACUCUACCAAAUGCCUGCGAUCCUGGCAAACUGUUACCCAACUCCACUGCUUAUUGGACCUAUGAGGGUUCGCUAACCACUCCUCCAUGCUCAGAAUCGGUCCUUUGGAUUGUUUUUAAAACGCCAAUCGAAGUAUCACGCGAUCAACUAAAUGCCAUGCGUAAUCUUAAUUGCUACGCUGUUAAAGAAGAGUGUCCAUGCAAUGAAUUAAACGGUAAAGUGAUCAACAAUUUUCGCCCACCAUUGCCAUUGGGUAACCGUGAACUUCGCGAAGUUGGUGGUCAUUAAGCAAUAUUAUAUUAAAAAUAUGGUAAAGAUUAUAACGCUUUUAUUGGGUGCCUUAUCUCGAGAAUAUUAUUACUGUACUUUUUUAUCUAGUUGUGUUCUGCUAAUGUUUGUUUGUAAUCAGAACUGCUAUAUUGAGUGAUUUCUUAAAUAUUUAGUAACUUUGGGACCUUAGGUUUCAAAAUACAUCUCUUUUCACUAAAAUUUUAUGUGUAAGUAUAUAAAUGUGCUAUAAAUGUAUGUAUGUGUACUUAUGUAUUUCUUUGGAAAUGUUCACAUCCCUAAAAAUAUUCACGAGCAUUCGUAUACUACAUACUACUUAUUUGCACAUGGCAUACCGUUUGCUGUUGUUGUUAAUGUAUUGUAUGACAAGUAUUUAAAUAAAACAUUAUUUCAUUGUUGCGAUUA